GGCAUUUCCCCCAUCCUAUAGGGUCUCUAUGAGACACAGAUACAUGCUACCAUAAGGGACUUUCUCCCCUCUCCCCCCUUCCCCAUGUUCUUGAGAGAGGAAAUCAAGUGGCAAUGAGAUGUGGGAAGGGGUGGAGAGAGGGUGUGCAUGCCCCACCCAUGGGCAUCAUGGCGGGUCUCCCAGGGGCACCCACCGCCUUAGCAAGUGUGGCCUGCUGGCCCUACCUCUUGACUAAUUCAUACCCUAUUCCCACCCCAGAUCCAGGGCUGUGCUUGGACACCAUGAACUCCGCGGUCACCUUUGUUCUCCUGCUGACAGUCUUUCAGGUGGCCUGGGGGCAGAAGGUGACAAGCCUGACGGCCUGCCUGUCAAACCAGAGCCUGCGGCUAGACUGCCGCCAUGAGAACACCACCACCUUGCCCAUGCAGUAUGGGUUCAGCAUGACGCGGGAGACAAAGAAGCACGUGAUCUAUGGCGCCAUCGGGGUGCCUGAGCACUCCUACCGCGCCCGGACCAACCUCAACAGCAAGCACAACAUCAAGGUCCUCUACAUAAGUGGCUUCACGAGCAAGGACGAGGGCAUCUACACGUGUGAGCUCCACCAGUCUGGCCAGCCCCCCCUCAUCUCCAGCAUGAACGUCUCAGUUCUCAAAGACAAGUUGGUCAUGUGUGGGGCCGUAAGCCUGCUGACCCAGCACACCUCGUGGCUGCUGCUGCUGCUGCUCUCCCCGCCUCUCCUCCAGGCCCUGGGUUUCGUCUCACUGUGAGUGGUUGGGUCCACUGAAGAUACGGAGAGCCACGAGGCCCAGUCCAGAGAUCCUCGUUCUCCGAGGGGGCUGACCUCCGCCCCGAGUCCCUCACACACCUCGGGGAAGAGUGGAGGCUCCACCCGUCCUAAGGAACCCAAAUGCUGCAUGCCAUUCCCCACCCACCCCUACUGCCGCCCACCACGGGGCCCCUUGUACACCCUCUCUGCACUCCCCUGGCCCUCCUUUGUACUCCUUGUUCCAGAGCCGCGCUGUCCCGUUUAUUAGGGCUUAUCCUUUCUUUCCUUCCGCAGUUUGUGAAAAGGGAGGGCUGGGUUGGAGGAUGCAGGGGACAGUGGGGAGCCAGUCCCUGGGGAACCAGAGCCCGGGAAGAGACCAAGAGGAAUGGGGCUGGCAUGUCUGAGGGUAGCGCUGACGUGGGUGCUGAGACCAGACCUCAGCAGGCAGGGGUAGCACCUGAAGACCUCAGAGGUCAAGGCCCCACUGAUAGCCAAGCUCCUGUGGCCAUCACGUCAGGGGGGCACAGAACAGCACACCCCCAGCAGGAGAGUCCCCUCCUUACCACAUAGACGUCCUCCAGAGGCUGAGGGCCAGGGAGCUGGAGACACCGUCCACACCAGGAGCAGUGCUGAUGGUACCCAAGGAAGCCAGAAACAUGAGCUCACUGGCCCUCACAUCGGUGGGGCCGACUGGCCCGAUGAGCACUAGAGAAGGCAGCAGAGAGCAAGCUCCUCCAGCCCCUGCCCAAGAGCUUCCAUAACUCUCCACUGAAGCCAACCCGUCGUCAGUCGGGCUGGCUGGUGUCCCAGAGCCCCGCAACCUGGCCCAAGUAUUUCUAUAAGAGGCUUUCUUCUCCCUCCCCUAUCAGUGUGAGCCCCUGCUUGCUGGUGCCUGAGCCUUGUCCCCACAGGCCUGCCUUCUCAGAGACCUUGGGCGCCUGAGGCAGGCCAUGCCGUGAGACCCAUGGGUGAAAUGGCUUUUCCCAAUGCCCAGCUCCCCACCAACAGCCCUGCCCUGCCCUGUGACCGUGUGAAGUGCCACACAGCUUCUGGCAUCUCGUUGAGGAAAAACAAAACUGUACAAUAAAACCAUGGAAGGCUCUGGAA